CAGUUGCUCAGGAAAGCGCCGCCUGUGUGAGAACGAAGCUUGCAGCUGAUGUAGCCUACUACUAUAGCAAAGAUGGAGAGUGACACCACUAUCAGGAGACUAAAAGGACUCGGGACGCCCAAUAGUGUAUCGCAAGUAAAUAACGUUUCGCGGAGUUCACACGGGGGUAACGGUUACAACAGCGACCCGAAGAAGAAGCCCGAAGUGAAUCUGUUCUUGCUACGAGAAGGAGUCGGAGCUUCCUUAGUGUUUGUGUUUAUUUUGGUGCUAUGGGUACUCGUGCAUUUGUCACUACAGCAGCUCGUCAUUGGGAAGUCGUCUGGUGAAUUCAACGCAGUAAGGGCCAGGCGGCACCUGGAAAGCAUCACCAGCGUGGGCCCGCGGCCGGUGGGAAGCCCGGAGAACGAGGUGCUGACGGUGGCCUACCUGCUGGAGCAGAUCAAGCACAUCCAGGCGGAGGUGGCGGCGGCGGGGAACCCCCACCGCCUCAGCGUGGACGUGCAGCGGCCCACCGGCUCCUUCUCCAUCGACUUCCUCGGGGGCUUCACCAGCUUCUACGACCGCGUCACCAACGUGGCCGUCAAGCUGGAGCCCGAGGCCGGGGCGUCGCAUCUCAUGCUGGCCAACUGCCACUUCGACACGGUGGCCAACAGUCCAGGGGCCAGCGACGACGCUGUGAGUUGUGCGGUCAUGCUGGAGGUGCUCCACUCCCUGGCCAACCUGUCCACUCCCCUACGCCACGGGGUGGUGUUCCUCUUCAACGGGGCCGAGGAGAACGUGCUGCAGGCCAGCCAUGGCUUCAUCACCCAGCAUCCCUGGGCCAAGCAGGUACGCGCCUUCAUCAACCUGGAGGCUGCAGGAGUCGGUGGCAAGGAGGUUGUCUUCCAGACAGGUCCGGAGAAUCCCUGGCUGGUGCAGGCCUACGUGCACGCGGCCAUGCACCCCUUUGCCUCGGUGGUGGGCCAGGAGGUCUUCCAGAGUGGCAUCAUCCCCUCGGACACAGACUUCCGCAUCUACAGGGACUUUGGCAACAUCCCAGGCAUAGACCUGGCCUUCAUCGAGAACGGCUUCAUCUACCACACCAAUUACGACACCGCAGACAGGAUCCUGACCGACUCCAUACAGAGAGCUGGCGAUAACAUUCUGGCGGUGCUGAAGCACCUGGUGAUGUCGGAGGAGCUGGGCGACUCCUCGCAGUAUCGCCAUGGCAACAUGGUGUUCUUCGACCUGCUCGGCAUGGUGGUGGUCGCCUACCCUGCCCGCGUCGGCACCAUCCUCAACUACGUGGUCGCCGUGGCGACCUUCCUCUACCUGGCCAAGAAGGCGGCGCGGCCGGGGAGCGGCGGCGGCCGCUACGUGCGUCGGCUGGCGUGUGCGGCCGGCCUGACGGUGCUGAGCUGGCUGGUGACGCUGCUGUCGGUGCUGGUGGUGGCCCUGCUGGUCACGCUGCUGGGCCGCUCCAUGUUCUGGUACCAACACUUCUACGCCGCCGUGUGCCUGUACGGCCCCGUGGCCGCCGGCUCCAUGGUGCUGGUGCACACCCUGGCCAAGAACCUCUACUACGGCGGGGUGCGCCUGGUGGAGCUGGCCGAGCUCUACUUCGACGUGAGCCUGCUCCUGUGGUGCUGCAGCCUGGUGCUGUUCACCCUGCAGGGCCUGUGCUCCGCCUACGUGCCCCUGCUCAUGGUGGCCUUCCCCCUGGUCGCCAAGAUCCUCCUGGCCAGCGAGUUCAAACACCGAGGCGCCUCGGCUAAAUACUGUGUGCUGUACCUGCUGGGGCUGGCCCUGCCCUACGUCCACUUCAUGUUCCUCAUCUGGGUGGUGUUCGAGAUCUUCACCCCCAUCCUGGGGCGCAGCGGCACCGAGAUCCCCCCCGAGCUGGUGCUGUCCACCCUGGUCACCCUGGCCACCAUCUUCCUCUCCUCCUUCUUCCUGCACUUUAUCUACCUGGUGCGCAGCACCCGCUGGGUGCUGUCGGCCCUGGGCUCUCUGUUCGUGCUGGUGUUCCUGCUGAUGUGGGCCGGCCUGUUCUUCCCCUACUCCAGCAACCCUGACUCCCCGCGGCCCAAACGGGUCUUCGUGCAGCACACCACCCGUACCUUCCACGACCUGGCGGGCCGGGUGGAGAGCCGUGACUCGGGGCUGUGGGUGAACAGCUUCGACUACACGGCCAUGCAGUACGUCACGCCGCUCAUCCCCGAGCUCAACGACACGGCGCGCACCGUCUGCCGCCCGGACCACCCCUUCUGCGGAUACCCCUGGUUCCUGCCCGUCAAGUUCCUCAGCAAGAAGAACUGGUACCUGCCGGCCCCGGAGGUGUCGCCCAGCAUCCCGGUAGACUUCACCCUGGUGUCCAAAGAGGAGACAGUGUGGGGCACCGUCAAGCUGACCUUCAGCGUCACAGGCCCCAGCCACAUGACCCUGUACCUGCUGCCCCACCCGGGGGCCCGCCUGGUCUCCUGGUCCCUGGGGGACGGGACCCCCCCGUUCGACGUGAGCGGGGAGUACUUUGUGUUCUACUCCCACGGUCUGGACGCGCCCGCCUGGGGCUUCUGGAUAGAAAUACAGCCGUCCAAGGAGCCGGACCCCUCGGGCCCCGGGGGUGUGGUCUCGGUGGCCGUCUCCUCCCACUACUUCUUCGGGCCCGACCAGCGCACGGAGCAGAUGGACGCCCUGCUGCGGCGCUUCCCCUCCUGGGCCUUCCCCUCGUCCUGGGUCAGCACCUACACCAUGUACCGCUACUGAGGGCCCAACACGACUAAAGGAGGCUGGGGGCUGGGGGAGGGGCCGGUGGAAGGGGGUUAUGGGCUUAUCACCGGAACACUGAAGAAAACCCGCAAAAAUAACGCCUGCACACUCACACACACACACAGACACAUGUACACACAGAAACAGAAACAUAUUCACACACACACACACACACACACACAGUUGGACAUGCUUCUAGCCUGUGUGAGAGACCCCCCCCCCCCCCCCCCCCCAUCCAACCACUGUGUCAAUAGCGCUUGUAAGCUAACCGCUAUCCGAGGGGUAAGACGCUCUGACCUAGGCCUGAUAUUCAACCGACGGACCAACUGAAGUCAACGGCGCCCCCUCUCUCGCUGCCGGCGGUCGCUCUUGUACGGCAAAAGUUUACCGGGUGAGGGGAACACGUGAAUUAAUGGGAAUCUGUGAUUUUUGGUUUUCUACCCUGUAUGGCCUUUGGCACUUUAGCUUCUACCUUUUUUUUCCCUUGCCCCAUUUCCUCGUUCUCUCUUGCCAACUCCUACCUGCUUCUCCUUGCUCUAACACUCGGUCCGUGACUCUUAUUGUGGAGGAGCGUAGGGAAGACGUGCAUCACUGGAAGAUACUGUUAGGGAGCAAGCAAAAUGCAGCUUCUUUUUUAAAUUUGCUUUUGAGUUUUAAGUUGUUUUGUUUUCACCCUGUAAUCUCAAACUUGCAUAAUCGGGGUAGCAGGUGCUAUCUUCAGUUUUGACUCAUCUUGACCGUCUUAAAUUUAUCCGAAGAUAGAUAGUUAUCUUUCCAAUGUUUUUUUAACAGUUAGCGGUGCCAAUGGAUGUCUAUGAGGAAGGUAGCAACAUGGGUGACUCAUACUGAUAGGCUGUUAUUGAUGUUCAAAAGCAAGGUGGACUUCUCCUAAAUGAAUUGAAAAGGCCUGUGUGCGUUCUGAAGAAAUGCAACGAUUAUCUCUGGCCCUGUCCAUACUUGAAUUUGCAACACUUGCACUAUAACCUCAUUAAGUUUGACCUACUUGAUCCAUUUGUGAGUUAGGGAUGGUGGUUAACCUCUUGCAUCUCUUUAAUUGUUGAUUAGGCUUUAGGUUUGUCUCUCUGAAUGCACCAACAACCAACUCAAUUUUUGAAAUUAAUGAUAAAGAUUGCUUAAAUGUAACUCUUGGCAUAUGUGGAGAAGGAUUCGUUUAAUUCAAUUUUAAAUAGUCAAUAUGUUUUUAGUUGCAACCUAACGUGUUUUUUUAAUUAAGGGUUGCUGUGAUGGUUAUAAUUAUAUGUAUAUAAUAAUUUGGAUAUCGAUUAGAAAAACCUGGAAACAAACACUUUUCGGAAUUUCAUUUUGAGACCCAUAUUUCUCAUCACUUAUAAAUGAAAGAGAUAUUAUAUAAAAGACAAGACAAAUUGUCUUUAGACUUUUUACACAAGUCUAUAUAUCCAAUAUCACAAGAAAAAUUGUGUUAAUGAAAGCCAUUCGUUUAAUCUAGGAUUUUGAAAAGAAGAAUAGGCUUUCCCUAAGAAUAUCUGGUGGAAACUCUUAAAUGUCUAAUAUUAAAUUAUGUGGUAUGCAACAAUAUUAGUUCUACACACAAAUUCUUAAAAGCCUGUCGCAAAUUGAAUUACAUUGCUUGUAUUACAAUGCACAUUAUUCAAUGUUUACAAUUAUCACAUUGGUUUUAAUGUGUAGUUCCGUCUUUGAGUUAGUAACUCUGAAUGUGGUCCCACACCAGCAAAUACAACCUCAGCCACAGUGCAUUUCAAAACGAUGCACCGUGGUGUAAAAAUAUACUAUUCUAUUUUUCUAACUAUGUACACUAAAGUGUAUUUGUGUUUUUAUUUUAAUGACUUCUAACACGCCUCAAAAUAGCCUACAAAUACUAGGGUUGUUACGUCCAAAAUAAUCUUUAGGUUAUGUUAUGCUGUACAUUCGAAAAUAACUAACUAUUACAAUUCUGUUUUAAUUUAAUCUUUUCUCAUACUAAUUUAGAAUUUAAAAAAAAUGUCAUGUGUUACCAAGUUGUUUGUUGGUGCCGCAAAAGACAUCUUAUAGCGUAUCACUGUAGCAAACAGCCAUCUAUUUCAUUUCAAAACCACUCUCCGUUAUCAACACAUCCCACAGAUUUAUACUGUAAAAGCAGCAGCAUUAAUGAAUAAUUUAUUUUUUAAAUCUUUGCUAAUUUUACCGAAAACACGUCACAUGCGGGUCCACAGAGGUUCGCCAGGGCUAUACGAUGUAGGAUAAACCACCAUCUGUUCAGCAGUUUGCCGUCUAAAUAAACUAGUAUAGUGAUCUUUAAUUUAUCUCUGGUCCUUCGAUUGCAGACUGGAUUAAACCAUGUUUUUUUUUUAAUUGCUGUUCUAUAUGUUUUUCUGAUUUCCGUGUAUUUACCCACGCAUUUAGCAGAAACUAUCAGAAUCAUUCAUGCAUUAGGGGGGAAAGUAAAUGUUUAGGUGGUGGUGUUCUACUUUUUUUCAUGGGUUUAAAAAGAAAGAAAGUUGAAAAGACGAUUAUCCACAAGACCGCUCUCUUGGAAUUCUUCUAAAUCCCAUAUUGUUUGGCUGACAAAUAGACCCCGCGUUCUAAAUCUGUCAUAGCUAACAUUUCCAUCGCUUUCAUUGUCACUCAGAAACCAAAUCUAUGCAACACAAAGUGUCUGUCCCUCUCAAUGUAGGUCAGCACAGUGUGUGUAAGCACCGAUACAAAACCCACAAUGGAGACUCUUGUCAAAUGUUGUAUGCCAACUAAAUGUGAAACCUACAGGGUGGGUGUCAUUUAUGUGAUGCCCUGUGAUUGAUGUUGAUUUUUGGCAGCCUUAAAAUCGUACGCGUCCUCAAACAAACUAAUGUUUACGCUCGUGACGUGGACCACCUCUCAACAAGUCUUACUGCAAGCAAGUGCCGCAUUGUACAGCUUUCCGUUUCGAUUUUUUUAUUUGUUGCGUAUGUUUUAUUUGGGUAGGGAAUGAUGGUGUCUAUCUUGGCUCUUUGCUAGGUGCAUUGCAGUCUGUGAAUGGAAGAGGAGUGACUGCUCUGCUUGGGUUGAAUGCUAUGUUUUAACUGCAGUUUAUUUAAUGUGAGCCCAUCUUUUCAGGAUGGGUGAUUCAGUUCAAUAGUUGUCCGUUCAACAAUUGUGCGAAAGCAUCAAAAUCAUUAACGUUAUGUUUUUUUCUCAAUCAAAGUUGAUCAGCAAUGAAUGCAUUUUGUAUAUAAGCUGCUGUCACUAAUCACAUUCCACAUCUUCCCAUUCAAGAAAGAAUUAACUUUUGCUUAUUAAAAAUGUUAAACCACUGUGAGCAAUUUGAAGAGCUUUCAUAGUGUUUCUUUCUUAUAAGAUUUCAGAAAAUUGAAGAUCUGGGCAAUAUUUAUGUCUCACGGCUUUCUGUCUUGUUCUUGGGCUGUACCCCAGUCUAUUGCUGUAGCACCAUUCAUCUGCCGAGCAAUGCCUGCAUGACUAACAUUACGCCUCUCAACCUCCAAACCUCGCAAGAAUUUGCACUAAGUCUAAAAUAAAUCGUACAAAGGUGUGACAAACUUUGUAGGAUUUUCUGACUAAAUACGGGCUAUAAGAAUACAUUUUGAUGGCAACAUAUUUAAGAUGUGAAUUAAGAGGACACUUGAAUGAUGUGAAUUUCAAAAGGUGCAAUCAUCUCCCUGAACGGGAUAGCCGUGGUUCAUGACAAAACUUACUAGGUUAUCAUUGUUGAAUGCUGUUAUGUAAACGGGGACAUGCAUGUAUUUUUCCAAAGAUGGUCAUCAUACUUUGGAGUCAUUUGGGGAAACAGCCUGCAGUUAAAGCUAGGGUAGGCAAUUUGGAGGAUCAGCCAGAGUAAAAUAGUUUUUGAAAGUAUCCAACUGAAAAAAGCCCACCCCUCCCUUCAGGCCUACUUCCAAAGCCACACCCCAAAACAGGCUACCAGCUCGCUAGCUCUUGGAAAUAGCUCUGCCUCGCCUUUUGGAAGGAUCCAUCAUCCAAUCAUUCCUUUCGGCCAAAUUAAAUAAUUGGCCAGGCUUAUUACAGACCUAAACAACCACAAAUAUUGGAUUAUUUUCUCUUGUUAUUUAUUGAAUUUCUUUCGCGAUGUUUAGAGGAUUUCAAUCAAUUUAAUAAUGCUUCUAAACUAAAUUUCCCCCUAGCGUUAAAAGUAAUAGAUAAAAAAAAACAGCUUUUAAAAUGGAAAAUAAAUAGCAUUGUUUGGCUCUUCUGCAGUUAGCAUGUUUAUUUAUCAGACGUAGCACAAAGAUGUACUCUUGCUGAAUCUAGCCUUAAUAACUUAAUAAGUAUCUGGAUUUAAAGACUAGUAAGCAGUCUAAUAUAAAUCCUAGUUUUCCCACUAAAUCAGGGGUCUCAAACUAAACUUACUUGGGGGCCACUGGAGGUAGAGCCGCACUAACACUAAACUUUGAUGUCAAGUAGGGGGCCACAAAAUAUCAUCCCGCGGGCCUCAAUUGGCCCCCGGGCCGCGAGUUUGAGACCCCUGCACUAAAUAGACAAACUGAUGUAAACUAAAGCCAUUUACAGUAGCCGAGAGGUUAUACUGUGAAAUAACUCAUCCGAUGUUUUCACUUUUAUAAAAAUAAGCUGCUUGACUGUUUGGCUUUGGGAUAUGUAAAUAAAAAUGUUCUGAAUACUGUACUGAUUGCACUCCCACGGUAACUAGUCGAUUUCAUCCACUUUUAAUGCAUUUGUUUAAUGUCUUUAAACUUUCAGCUCUGCCUAAUUUCUUUUUUUAACAAUAUACUGUAAGUUAAAUUGAAGCUUCAAGGUUUUAUAACCAAUUGUUUGAUUUAUCAUUUAAUAAAUUGAGAUUUUUUUGGCAGGUGUAUCUCGCUGUGUCCUCUGAGUCAUAUGGUUGAAUGGAAUGGAUGAAGUCAUAUUGACGUAUAGAUCAAGAUAACGCAAAAAAAUGAAGUCAAUACAGCUAAGUGUUUUUAAAAAUAAUUUAUUGGUCUAUAUACAAGGGGAAAAGAGUAGAAAAACCGAACGGGAGUAGAAAAGGCAAUUGUACAAUAGAGCAUCUUUACACUGCAUUGUUGAUGUCUAGUAUUACUGACCAAAGUGUCUAUUCUGAGUCACAAAAUAGGCAAUUUUAAAACUGUACAAAGGAGUUCACCGCCGAAAGAA